GCCGCGGGCGGACUGCCGCGGACUACACUUCCCGCAGUGCCGCGGGAGUCCCGCGAGCGGCCGGCGGAGGGCGGGCCGAUGCGGGAGACUCCGGACGUGAGGCAUGAGAGGCGCCCUUCGCCGGCCCGCGCGCGUCCUGUCGCCUACCCGAGGGUCGCGCGGUGCUGUGCCUGCGAGGCGGGGGUCGUGAGGCCUUGGCGCGAAGAGGAGCUGCUGCGGGCGCGCCUGGGCGGGCGGCGAGGGGCGGACGGACCGCCAUGGAAGUGAGCGGGCCGGAGGACGACCCCUUCCUGUCGCAGCUGCACCAGGUGCAGUGCCCCGUGUGCCAGCAAAUGAUGCCCGCCGCGCACAUCAACUCGCACCUGGACCGCUGCUUGCUGCUCAACCCCGCAGGGCACGCGGAGCCCGGGGCUGGGCCGCACGGCGCGGGCGACUCGGCCAAGGCGCCCUCGCCCCCCCGCUCCAAGCGGAGGCGGCUGUCGGAGAGCUCGGCUCUGAAGCAGCCCGCCACUCCGACGGCGGCCGAGAGCAGCGAGGGCGAGGGCGAGGAGGCCGACGACUGCGGCGAGACCGAGAGCCGGGAGAGCUACGACGCGCCGCCCACGCCCAGCGGCGCCCGUCUCAUCCCCGACUUCCCCGUGGCGCGGUCCAGCAGCCCAGGGAGGAAGGGGUCGGGCAAGAGGCCGGCCGCUGCGGCCGCCGCGGCGGGGAGCGCGUCUCCACGGAGCUGGGACGAGGCGGAGGCGCAGGAGGAGGAGGAGGCGGGGGCCGAUGGCGACGCGGAUGGAGACGGGGAUGGCGAGGACGACCAGGGGGCCUGGGAUGCUGACGCCGCAGCCUUCUCGGGUAGCGGCGGGGGUCGCCCGCAUCCCCGGGCGUUGGCGGCGGAGGAGAUCAGGCAGAUGCUAGAGGGCAAGCCUCUGGCGGAUAAGAUGCGUCCUGACACUCUGCAGGACUACAUCGGGCAAAGCAGAGCGGUGGGGCAGGAGACCCUGCUCAGGUCCCUUUUGGAGACGAACGAAAUCCCCUCCCUCAUCCUGUGGGGGCCGCCGGGCUGUGGCAAGACCACUCUGGCUCACAUCAUAGCCAACAACAGCAAGAAACAUAGCAUAAGGUUUGUGACAUUGUCUGCAACAAAUGCCAAGACAACUGAUGUGCGAGAUGUCAUAAAACAAGCUCAAAACGAAAAGAGCUUUUUCAAAAGGAAAACCAUCCUUUUUAUUGAUGAGAUUCAUCGGUUCAAUAAAUCUCAGCAGGACACUUUCCUUCCUCACGUGGAGUGUGGGACAAUUACUCUGAUUGGGGCCACCACUGAGAACCCCUCCUUCCAGGUCAAUGCUGCUCUUCUGAGCCGCUGUCGGGUUAUUGUUCUCGAGAAGCUUCCAGUAGAAGCAAUGGUGACGAUUUUAAUGCGGGCGAUCAACUCCCUGGGGAUCCAUGUCCUGGACUCGAGCCGUCCCACCGACCCUUUGAGCCACAGCAGCAACAGCAACUCCGAGCCCUCGGUGUUCAUAGAAGACAAAGCUGUGGAUACUCUGGCAUAUCUCAGCGACGGUGAUGCCAGAGCCGGAUUGAACGGACUGCAGCUGGCUGUUCUGGCCAGGCUGAGCUCUAGGAAGAUGUUUUGUAAGAAGAGUGGGCAGACUUACUCUCCCAGUAGAGUUCUGGUUACUGAAAAUGAUGUGAAGGAAGGGCUCCAGCGAUCCCACAUUUUAUAUGACCGAGCAGGAGAAGAGCAUUACAACUGCAUCUCUGCACUUCAUAAGUCCAUGCGUGGCUCGGACCAGAACGCCUCCCUCUACUGGCUCGCCCGCAUGCUGGAAGGAGGGGAGGACCCUCUGUACGUGGCCAGGCGGCUUGUGAGGUUUGCCAGUGAGGACAUAGGUCUCGCGGACCCCUCUGCGUUGACACAGGCGGUUGCUGCCUACCAGGGCUGUCAUUUUAUAGGCAUGCCGGAGUGCGAGGUGCUUCUGGCCCAGUGUGUGGUCUAUUUUGCCCGAGCCCCCAAGUCCAUCGAGGUGUACAGCGCCUACAACAACGUCAAAGCGUGCUUGAGAACCCACCAGGGGCCUCUGCCACCCGUCCCCCUGCACCUGAGGAACGCGCCCACCAGGCUGAUGAAGGAUCUUGGCUACGGCAAAGGCUACAAGUACAACCCCAUGUACAGUGAGCCUGUGGAUCAGGAAUACCUGCCGGAAGAGCUGAGGGGUGCAGACUUCUUCAAGCAGAGGCGCUGCUGACUCACGGAGGGUGUUUCUUUCUUUCUUUCUUUCUUUCUUUUUUUUUUUUUU